UCGGCUCCCGUUCGGGCCCCCCCCCCCCCCCCGCCCUCGGAUGCAGCGGGCGGUUGCCAUGGCAACGCAUCACAGGUGAGAUCCCAAGAUCCCAGCUGGAAUUCCACGAUGGCAUCGCCGGCCGUCAGCCCCGAUUCCUCUUCCCAUGAGGGCCUCUCCUCCAUCCACUCGGCUCCCGCUUGUUCUCCCACUUCCGACUCGGAAAACCUCAGUCCCGAUGAGCUGGAGCUGUUGGCAAAGCUGGAGGAGCAGAACCGGCUCCUGGAAGCCGACUCCAAAUCCCUGCGCUCCAUGAACGGCUCCCGUCGGAACAGCGGCUCCUCGCUGGUCUCCAGCUCCUCGGCCUCCUCCAACCUCAGCCACCUGGAAGAGGACACGUGGAUCCUGUGGGGCCGCGUCGUCAACGAGUGGGACGAGUGGCGGAGGAAGAAGGAGAAGCUGCUGAAGGAGCUCAUCCGUAAAGGGAUUCCCCAUCACUUCCGAGCCAUCGUGUGGCAGCUCCUGUGCAGCGCCACCGAGAUGCCCGUCAAGAAGCAGUACUCGGAGCUGCUCAAGAUGUCCUCGCCGUGCGAGAAGCUCAUCCGCCGCGAUAUCGCCCGCACCUACCCGGAGCACGAGUUCUUCAAGGGCCAGGACAGCCUGGGCCAGGAAGUGCUCUUCAACGUCAUGAAGGCCUAUUCCCUGGUGGACCGCGAGGUCGGCUACUGCCAGGGCAGCGCCUUCAUCGUGGGACUGCUGCUCAUGCAGAUGCCUGAGGAAGAGGCCUUCUGCGUGUUCGUGAGGCUGAUGCAGGAAUACCGGCUCCGGGAGCUCUUCAAGCCCAGCAUGGCCGAGCUGGGGCUCUGCAUCUUCCAGUUCGAGUCCCUGCUGCAGGAGCAGCUGCCGGAGCUGAACACCCACUUCCGCUCCCAGAGCUUCCUCACUUCCAUGUACGCUUCCUCCUGGUUCCUCACCCUCUUCCUCACCACCUUCCCUUUGCCCGUGGCAACGCGCGUCUUCGACAUCUUCAUGGACGAGGGGCUGGAGAUCGUCUUCCGUGUGGGAAUGGCGCUGCUGCAGUUCAACCAAGCCGAGCUGGUCCAGUUGGACAUGGAGGGAAUGUCCCAGUACUUCCAGAAGGUGAUCCCGCACCAGUUCGACAGUUGUCCGGAUAAGCUCAUCCUUAGGGCAUUCCAGGUCAAAUACAACGCCAAGAAGAUGAAGAGGCUGGAGAAGGAAUACGCCAGCAUCAAGAACAAGGAGAUGGAGGAGCAGAUCGAGAUCAAGCGCCUGCGCACGGAGAACCGGCUCCUGAAGCAGCGCAUCGAGACCCUGGAGAAGGAGAGCGCGGCUCUCGCCGACCGCCUCAUCCAGGGUCAGGUGACGCGGGCGCAGGAGGCAGAGGAGAAUUACAUCAUCAAGCGGGAGCUGGCUGUGGUGCGGCAGCGCUGCAGCAGCGCCACCGAGAGCCUGCAGCGCGCCCAGAGCACCAUCCAGCAGCUGCAGCACCAGCAGGGGAACCCGCGGCUGAGCGAGGCCUUCGUGACGCAGCUCGAGGCGGAGCUGGAGCAGUCGCGGCUCCGGGAGAGCCAGACCCGAGGAGCCCUCAAGGAGAUGCAGGACCGGGUCCUCCACAUGGAGCAGCAGAGCAGUUCAGUGCGGCUACAGGAGGAGCUCCAGGAUCAGCUCCAGGGGCAGCUCCAGGAGCACCUGGAGCAGGAGGAGCUGCAAGAGGAGCUGCAAGAGGAGCUGCAAGGGAAGCUGCAGGAGGAGCUGCGGGAGGAGCUGCAGGAGGAGCUGCAGGAGCUGCGGGCGCUGCGUGAGGCCAAGGCCCUCGGGUCCCUCUCGGAGCUGCAGCCGCAGGGUGCUCUGCAGCCACUGGAGGUUCAGCACCGGCACCAGGAGCUGCAGAGCCAGCAGGGGCUGCACGAGGGGAGCAACGCGGCGGCAAUGGAGGAGCUGCGGCAACGAGUGAGGGAGCUGGAACUGCAGCAGGAGCAGCGGCUGCUCCAGGGGCAGCUCAAGCGCUCGGAAGCGGCUCAGAGCAUCCGGCACCUGCAGGAGCACAUCCGGGAGCUCAAGGCCGAGAUCCGGAUGCUCCGGGGGUCGCUGCCGUUCGGUGCCGUGGGGCUGGGCCCCCCCCUGGACUCCUCGGGCUCUUCCGAUGAGGAGCCCCCCCCCUUCCCCCUCCGGGCCCUGGGGCACUUGGGGGGCAGCAGCGACAGCGACCACGAGGGGGCGCCCCCCGCACCCUGAGCCCCAGAGAGGGGG